AUGAAGGCCUUCGCCCUUGUUGCCCUCCUGUCUGUAUCGCAGCGCGGUGCUUCCGCCAUCUCCGAUCGUGCUCAAGACCGGUUCAUCUAUUCGACUGUCAUUGACGAUUUCAAGGGCGGUUUCCGGGCAAACGACGCCGACGCCAAGUGGAAUUACUUUGGGUUUGGGCCCUACGUUGGCGACGACGGCAUUGCCAGCACCUCCAAACCUAAAGGAGGGCGACUCACUGUCUCCUCGCCGGGAACCGGACCAACAGGCGAGCCGGCUUUCACCCUCACUGCUCCCCCGACCGGCGGCGUUCCAGGCGACAUCGACCACGUCAAAUGGCUAGUUUUCGCGAACGCGACUUCGAGUGCCGGAUACCCGGGGCACGACACGGCGGCCGGCUACGUGACCUCAUGUGAGGCGCAAAUCAGCGCGACCAUGUUUGGGACGCAAGCCAACCCGUUCGGGGUCAACGCGGCCGACCCCUCUCUCGGCUGGGCCGGUGCGGUCAAUGGAGAUUUCGAGACGUUUAUGAUUUUCGACUUUGCCUUGACGAACGACGCGGUAUAUGCGCUUUACGAGCGUUUACCAUUUGGCCGCAGCGAGGCGCGCAACUACGCGAGCUUCACUGCCCUCACGCGUGUUGCAUCUCGCCACCCAGGCGACAGGCAUGUGCUCAAGGUCUCGUAUGACCGAUCUGCCAAGACGGUCACGUGGCUAGUCGGCAAGCGCGAGGUCUACAAGAUCCACCGUGUCGGAUUCUACCCACCUGACCGCUCCAGCGUGCUCAUCGACCGCGGAGGAGUCGAGGAGGAAGUGGGCGAGAUGCGCCAGCUUGUGUGCGGCGUUGGAACGUUUACGCUCAUGGACGGCUUCGUCCCCUCACUCGGCAAGGGCUUGGUCCGCCUCAACCAACAAGAGGACUACUACAUUCACCCUAUCACUGGCGCUCCACUCGAGUUUGUCGACGACGCUAGCGCCGACAACAACCGGCUCUUCGGACAGGGCGCGGAAUUAAUCGUCGAUUCCGUCACUGUGUCAAGUGCCAAGGCUGGGACCAAUGGUAACAACGGCAACAACGGCAACAACGGCAACAACGGUAACAACGGCAACAACGGCAACAACGGUAACAACGGCAACAACGGCAACAACGGUAACAACGGCAACAACGGCAACAACGGCAAUGGAAACGCAAACGGCAGCGGCCAUGGUCCCAAGCGAAUGGACCGGGCAGAGAAGGGCAGCCAGUAA